AUGGAGCCCCCCACGUGGGUCUGGCUGGAGGUACAAAAGCGACAGCCCAGCCCCGCCGCUCUCCGAGGUGCUGAACACAAGAGCCCAGCAGGGAGAGCCCGCGCGCCAGCGCAACAUCCGGACAAGCGAUCAGGCGAGAGUGUUCCAGGCGGGCUCACCGACCGAGAGCUGGGGCGAACAUCAAGCUUCGACCCCGAGGUUCUGUCUUCGGAGACGCUCUUCUGUUCCGCUGGCGCCAUGGUUUGCCCCCCGCACCUCCGCAGAGCGGCUUGCCUGCUCUCUCUCUGCCUCCUGACGCGGUGCCGCCUCCAGGUUGCCGCCACCCCGCUGCCCCUCGGGGAGGAGGCUCGACCGGGCGAAGCUUUGCCCAAGUCGUCCAGUCUGCCCCCCGGCGAGCCGCAGGAGACGGGCCCAGGAUCGGCGAGGCAGAGAGGCGAGGCAGCUGAGGACCUCUUCCAAGACGUGGACCCGAAGGCCUUGGCCGCCGUCCUCCUGCAGGCCCUCCAGCCGGAGCCCGAGAAGUCCAGCGAGCUCCACGGAGCCAGCCCCGAACCCGACGCCAACGAAGAAAGGGUCCUGAGCAAGAGCGAAGGCCCAGAGGUACAGCCGGAGGCGCAGCGGAGUUGGGCUGCGGGCAGGGAGGAAAGGCAGCCGCUCCAAGAGGAACAGCCGGAGGCGGCCGCAGGGACCUCCAGACGGCAGGAGGAGGUGGCCGGGCUGAAGUCCGUGCUGCGGGAGCUGCAGAGUUACAGCCUAGCCGCCAAGAGAGAGGAGCCGGCCCGGGACUCGGGCGCAGCCGGCAGUCCGCGGGACGAGGUGCUCCAGGAGCUGGAAGAGUACGAGCGCCUGAAGGUCCACACCAAGAGGAGGGCGCCGGCCAGCGAGCCUUGGGCCGGGGCCCGCAAGCUGAGGCAGCAGCAGCACCUGGAGCACCAGCUGCUGCAGAGGCGCUACGAGGAGCUGGCCGAGAGCCGUCGGCAGGCGGAGGAGGCGCGCCGAGCAGCGGCCGAGGAAGAGCGCCUGGCCGACAUGGCCUCGGACCUGCUUCUGCAGUACCUCCUGAAGGACGGGGAGGAGGAGGACGAGGAGGAAAGCGACGAGGAGGGGGAGGAGGAGGGAGAAGGGCCAGAGCAGGGCCGGCCGGGGGCGGGCCAUGGCCCGGGUGGGUCGGAAGAGGUGAGCCGCAAAGGAAGCCCGCUGCUCUUCGAGGACGAGGAGGCUGGCAACGUGGCCGAAGACAAGCGCUCCAACGAGGCGCCGGAGGAGGAGGAGGAGGAGGAGGAAGAGGACGACAUUGACCCCAACACGAUCGACCGCCUGAUCGAGCUGUCCAGCAAGCUGCACCUGCCGGCCGAUGACGUCAUUGACAUCAUUAAUGACGUCGAGAAGAAGAAGAAGGAGAUGCCGGAGCCCCGCAGCGGGAAGAGCAGCAAAGCUGGGGGGCCCGCCACGCGCAGCAAGGCCAAGAAGAUGCCUCCUUACAACCCCGCCUACCACCCGGCCCCGCGGCCCCUCCCCAAGCCCUACUACACGUCCACCUACAAACCAUACAGCCCCCGCCUCCCCAAACAGGACGAGGCCUCCUGGAACGAGGUCCUGAAGGGGGAGGAGUACCCACCCCCCAAGUGGUCCCGAGCCCAGCCCAGCCCCAAGAUCUCCAACGCCAUCAGCCCCUGGACUUUCCAGUCUCCGGCCUCCCACCCGUACCGGCGCCUCCCUGGCCCCGUGGUGGUGCCCAGGGACGAGUAUUACGAGGGCAACCGAGUUCGCGAUGAGGAGCUGGAGAACUACCUCGAGAGCGUACUGAUGAAGCAUCCCAAAAUAUUCCCGUGAACGUGGCAGGUGUAGCCACCCCUUCCCACUCCGCCCCCUCCCAGACAAACUUGGCCACUCACCGUGUUUCUGGCAUAAAUUCAGGUUGUUGCAUGAUUCAGGAGAACAUAGCCCCCCCCACCGAGUGAAAGGUUCCCACCAGGGCCCCCUCCCGGUUUGCCUUCUCUGCUCCCUUCGGUUGCCUUCUGGUCAUCAGGAAAGGAAAAUCUCCCCUUCCCCUUCCCCUGGACCUCAGAGAGUUGCCCCUAGGCUCAGCUGGGCCAAGGAGCUGGGGAAGUGGACCAGGCAUGACUCCUGUGGAGGAGGAAGCCCUCAAGAGCCCCUGAAGGCCUCUUCCUCCUCCUCCCCCCCCCACUCCACAUCCAUUGGGCAUGGUGGUGGUCGGGCACCUGCACCAAAGAAGGAGAAGCAACUGGCCUCAGUUCUCCCAGGGCAGGGCAGCCCCCUCCCCCAGCCCUCAGCCUGGUCUCUCUCACUUCCCUUAGGCAAGGGCGUCUCUCUCUCCAGGGCAAGGACACCUCCUGAGGGGCACUUUAUACUUCUCUCCCUCUACCUUAGCAACAACUCAAGACACCGCCUUGUGGGGGGUCUCCUCAAAGGAGGAGGAGGAGGCUCCUGGGAGAACCCCCAGUUCCCCUGUUGGGUGUGGGGAGCCUAAUAAUCCAGAUAAUUCCUUCUCCCCUGCCUCUGCUUCCUCUUAAUCCCACCGGGAAUUGCUUCACUUUGCCUGCUCUGGCACUGCAAGCCAGUAAGUCUACAUCACAAGAACCUCCCUGGAGGGUCUCAUCCUCUCAUGAGUGUGGAGGGGCAGCAGAGCGGUCGAAUUCCAAGGCAGCCUGGAUCUCUGAGCCUCUGAGCUCCCACAAAGAGACCCACAAAGCCAGAGAGAGAAACCACGUUGCAUCCUUGGAAUACUAAACACUUUGGUCAGUUUUUGAAGGGGUCAAAGAAGGGUCCAAGUGGGCCAGUCGGCCCCAAGGCAACAGUUUUGUAAAAUUACCUGUGGCAGCUGACAAACAGGGUGAGGGCAUGCAGGGAACAUCCCUGCUGGUGCGGUUCCACUGCCACUCCACUCAGCCCUGGCCAGUGUAGCCAGCAGCAAGACAUGCGGAAAGCUGGAGCCCAACAAAAUGUGCAGAGCAGAUGCAAGUGUCUGUACCCUCCACCUCCACCCCAACCCCAUGCUAAAGAUUUCAUUUUUGUCUUACCAAAUGCUGGAGGGGAAACUAAGUCAUGGAGUAAAGGCAAAAUGUAGAAGCCCCAUAUAGCAUAGCUACUCACCGUCCUGAUCUCCUGCACCGCAUGGAAGGAAGGAAGGAAGGAAGGAAGGAAGGAAGGAC